AAUGAAAUAAAUGAGGUUCCUUUCUUUGAUGUCCAGCUGCCUUAUGAACUGGCACUGAAGAUAUUUCAGUACCUUGGCAAGACAGAGUUGGGAAGGUGUGCUCAGGUCAGCAGGACAUGGAAAGCACUUGCAGAAGAUGAAGUGUUGUGGUACAGGUUGUGCCAAAAGGAAGGAUACCUGUUGGAUACGAGCAUCUCUGAUCAUGCCUGUUGGAAGCUCGCCCUCAAGAAUUGCCGGGCCAGAGAGCGCACGUUGAAAACCAACUGGAAGAACCGCAUCGGUGCUGUGAGCCAGCUGCGGUAUGAGCUGGGAAAGAUUCUGUGUGAUGUACAUUCCUGCGAUGGAGUUGUCAUUGCUGGAUACACAUCAGGAGAAGUGAGGUUGUGGGACACUCGCACCUGGGACUACACAGCCCCCAUCCUGGAACCAGUGCAUAGUCCUGGUGAUGCUGGACCUCGGCCACAUGUCUCCUUUGUGAGGAUAAACAGCUCCCUGGCUGUAGCAGCUUACGAGGAUGGGACAAUUAGCAUUUGGAACCUGAUGUUCGGGCGGGAGCCAAUCCAUCAUUACCAGCACAAUCAGAGGAUACAGGCUUUAGCUCUUGGUUCAGAGGGUGCAGUGGUAGCAACGGCAUCUGGCUUCGAGGUCAAAGUGGAAAGCCCUGAUGACAGAGGAUUCUGGCAAACCACAGCAACAUUUGACAUCCAGAAAUUGGUCAACUUCCUUAAUCUGGUUCCAGAUGUUGUGGGAAAUCCAGUGACAGUAGCAGCUGCAGAAGACAUUGUCUAUCUCCUGAAAGCAGAAGAUCCUGGCAAAAUUCUCCAUUCUGUCUAUGGUCAGCCUGUGACGUGUCUCGAUGUGUCUGCUCAUGAAGCAGCCUUUGGGGUCAAAAACUUUGGCUGGUUAUUGAAUGAGCCCAACCAGAUUCUUCUUUACAAUCUGGAAACAAGUCAGUGUCUGAAGAAGAUGGGCAACUCAAUAGGUGACUUUACAUGUGUCAACCUCCAGAACAGUCCUCCAAACAUGCUUGUUACAGGCAAUAAAGACAGAAGGGUCAGGGUAUUUGACCUCCGCAAAAGCGAGUCCUUGUGCUCCCUCUAUGCCCACCAGUUAGGAGUGUCUGCGGUCCAGAUGGAUGACUGGAAGAUCAUCAGUGGAGGAGAAGAGGGCUUGGUCUGUGUGUGGGACCAACGGAUGGGCACCAAACUCUGGGAAAUGCAUGCCAGGCAUCCAGUCCGCCACGUAUGGUUUAAUUCUCACAGCCUCAUCACUGCAAACAUCCCCAAUGAGAAAAGUCUUCCAGGCACCAGCAUCACAGAUGAUGACCUUACUGUGCACCACAAGUAUCGAGGAAUCAUUUAUGCCUACGAGUUCUCAGCAGACCAGUUGGCUGUAGAAAGUGUCCUUCCAAUCUGCCGCUCUAAAGUGACUGGUUACAACUACAACAUUGGCCUUGCAGUUCCCUAUGAUAACAUUUAG